AUGACGCACCGGUAUUCCAGAUCUGCCAAAGAGAAGUGGAUUGCGGCCUCACGCAGACCACCGAGACGACCACCUGUAGUGAUUCCAACUUCUGACAACACUCAGCUCAUCGAGGAGAAUAAGCUUACUCUUAUAGGAAGGGUGACCAAUCCGAUGGUUCAGAAGACAAGAGCUCUGGUGGAUUUCUUCACUCAACACUGGUCCACAGUGGGAGCGAUAACAGGAAGAGACCUCGGACCACAUCUCUUCCAGUUCCGUUUUGAGUCGGAACAGGACCUUCAGGCUAUCUUACGGGCGCCUUACCACUUUAAGAAGUGGAUGAUCAUCCUCCAACGCUGGGAGCCGAUUAUCUCUGACAACUUUCCAGCCAAAAUCCCCUUUUGGAUCAAGAUCCAUGAUCUCCCUCUCCAUUUUUGGAAUGAGCUAACUAUCAACACUAUAGGGGAAGAACUUGGCUUCGUCGAGGACCAAGAUGUGGACCAUGGCAGGGUUCGAGUUCUAAUCAACGGCCUGAAACCGUUAGAGAUGCAUCUUGAGAUCAGCUUGGCUGGUGAAGUAAAGAAGGUGGAGUUGGAAUAUGAGAAACUAGAAAAGCAUUGUUUCACUUGCCACAACCUAUCUCAUGAGAAUGGAGAUUGUCCUUCUCAUCUGUCCUCUCGUGAUCUCCGGUCUAACUCCGGUACUAUCAGUCAGACGAGGACUUUAGACCAUCUUGAGGACUCCCGUCGGCGUCGAGAUGAACGUAUAGGGGGCAGAGACCCCAGGAACUUUCAUAACGAGAGAGAUAGAUGGAACAACAACCGCAGAGAGCGUCCCAAGGGAGGCCCUCGGUCAUUGGAGGAUACUCCUCGGACUUACUCUGUCUCCCACCGACCCUCACCGGCUGCUUCUGCUUACAGAGACUCCGGAAGGAGAUCUUCAGACAGCCGUCCCCCUGGAACACACUUGUCGUAG